GAUCGAGAGGAGCUCUGCGGCGAUGAAGCAAAAUGCACUCUCAGCUUAGAGGCAGUAAUAAAUAACCCUUUAAAACUGUACAGGAUAGAAAUUGUCAUCUUAGAUGUAAAUGACAAUUCUCCAACAUUCCUUAGUAAGUUGCAGGUAAUCAACAUCACAGAGAACACGGCAGCAGGGGCAAAAUUUCCUCUACAUCCUGCUCACGAUGCAGACGUCGGUAAAAAUACUGUUAACAGCUACAAGCUGGGCCAAAAUGAACACUUCUCUCUCAUAACACAUAUAGGAGAGACUGUGACUGUCGAACUGCAGCUUCAGAAAGUUUUAGACAGAGAAAAACAAUCUGUGAUCCGACUCACACUGACUGCCAUCGACGGAGGAACUCCUGCUAAAUCUGGCAGUAUGACUAUAAUAGUGAAUGUGUUGGAUAUUAAUGAUAAUCCUCCCGUUUUCAGUCAAAGUCUGUAUAAAGCCAGUGUGUAUGAGAAUGUAAAGAUAGGCACAACAAUAAUUACAUUAAAUGCAACUGAUCUGGAUGCAGGUAUUAAUGGGCACGUUUUGUAUUCAUUCAGUGAAGUUGGCCGAGGCAAACAAACCGAUUUGUUUGCUAUAGAUGAAAAAACUGGGACUGUAACAAAUAAAAAGAAUAUCGACUUUGAGGAAAAUAAUGCUUUUGAAAUUCGAGUACAAGCUAGUGAUGGAGCCGUUUCUCCAAUGAACUCGCAUGCAAAAUUACUGAUUGAAGUUCUAGACGUCAAUGACAAUGCCCCUGAAAUUUCUGUGACAUCACUGUUAAAUGCAGUGAAAGAGGAUGCGUCCAUUGGCACCGCCAUUGCACUUGUUUCAGUGUUUGAUAAAGACGGAGGUAAAAAUGGGAUGGUGAACUGUAAAAUCUCUAAUAAUGUUCCUUUUAAAUUGGAGCCAAAUUACAAGAAUUACUAUUCGUUGGUGGUCAACGGUCCUCUUGACAGAGAGAGCUCAUCUGAAUACAAUAUAAGCAUCACUGCGACUGAUGAGGGCAGCCCACCUCUCUCCAGCACG